CGGGGCUUGGGGCUCCCUUUUUCUCCUCCGACAAAUAAGAUCUAUAUGUGUGUAUAUAUGUAUUAGUGUUGUGCCUGGAUGGAGUGCCAACCCAUGGCUGCUUUAAUAGCCCUGCUCUGCCUGCUGAUGCUGGCUUCUUCCUCCAAGCCAAAAAAAGAUAAUUUAUUAGUUUUGACUGUGGCCACAGAGGAGACGGAAGCCUUCCAACGUUUCCGAAGAUCCGCUCAGUUCUUCAAUUAUGACAUUAAGGUCUUAGGAUUGGACGAAGGCGGCCAGAAACCCCUUGGAGGCGGUCAGAAGGUCCGCCUCUUGAAAGCGGCUUUAGAAGACUAUGCGGACAAAGAGGACUUGGUCAUCCUUUUCACAGAAAGCAACAAUGCCCUCUUUGCCUCCGGACCCACAGAGAUCCUCAAGAAAUUCAGGCAGGCCGCAUCCCGGGUGGUCUUUUCGUCUGAGAGUCUCAUCUAUCCGGACCGACGGCUGGAAAGCAAGUAUCCUCAGGUUCGGGAAGGGAACCGCUUCCUUGGAUCCGGAGGGUUUAUCGGUUCUGCCCCGUUUCUCCGCAAAAUGCUGGCGGAUUGGUCCGGUCCUGACAACGCCAGCGACCAGCUCUUUUACACCAAGGUCUUCCUGGAUCCAGAAAAGAGGGAGAGCCUCAAUAUCACUUUGGAUCAUAGGUGUCGCAUCUUCCAAAACCUCAAUGGUGCCCUCGACAACGUGGUCCUGAAAUUUGAAACGAGGCACGUGAGAGCAAGGAACCUGGCCUUCGAUACGCUCCCGGUCCUGAUCCAGGGCAACGAAGCCACCAAGCUGCAGCUGAACUACUUGGGGAACUACAUCCCUCAGAGCUGGACCUUCGAGACGGGAUGCACUCAUUGUGGAGAAGGCCUGAAGGACCUCACAGACCUGGAAGAGGAAGUCUUUCCUGUGGUCCUCCUGGGGGUCUUCAUUGAGCAGCCCACUCCCUUCCUCUCCCAGUUCUUCCAACGGCUGCAGAGGCUGCGAUACCCAAAGGGACGCCUCCGGCUCUUCGUCCACAACAGGGAGGAGCACCAUGUCUCCCAAGUGACCGCCUUCCUGGAUGGACACAGCGGGGAAUACCUCUCGGUCGAAGCCCUCGGGCCGGAUGACCGCCUGGACAGCGCCGAGGCUCGGGACAUGGCCAUGGACCGGUGCCGGCAGGACCCCCGCUGUGAGUAUUUCUUCAGCUUGGACGCCGAAGUGGUGCUCGAGAACCCGGACGCCUUACGGAUCCUGAUCCAGCAGAACAAGUUUGUCCUGGCUCCGCUGGUCAGCCGCAUCGGGAAGCUGUGGUCCAACUUCUGGGGGGCCCUCAGCGCCGAAGGCUAUUACGCCCGGUCCGAGGACUAUAUGGACAUCGUCCAGGGAAGGAGGAA